UUUAUAAGUAGAGGCCGCGCCGCGCGCCCAUUCCGCCGCGAACAGCCGGUCGCUGCGCACGUCGUUUGCUGCCAUGCUCGACCACGCGCGUCACUACGAGCAAAACAUGUGCGAGCUUUAUCUCGCACCCGCGCCGCCGGCGCCCGAGCGCCUCGACGCAUUCCAGGUGUUUCGCAAGAGCAACACUACCCCCUACGUCUACGGCACCUACUACAACCACUACGACGCUUUCGCCGAGCCCGACGUCGACGCCGCCGCCAAUGUCUACCACAACCUGCUCAACUCGCGCGAGUACCAUCGAGAGGACUGGAAGUACAAGAGCAUGGCCGAGUGGACCGAGGACGACACGCUCUCGUGGGUCGUGGACGCGGCCGCGGCGGCACAGGGGCUCGGCUUUUGCGAGUACGACAUCCCCUUCUGCAACUUCAGGAUCCCCGGCGUCGAGCUGCGCGGCCUGAAACGCGAGGACAUCGUGCAAAAGUUGGCGAAUUUCAAUAUCGACGCUACCAUCUCGCGUAGGAUCGGGGACGUGAUUUACGAGAAGCUGCAGGCCCGCCUCCACGAGGAGAUGCUGCGCCAAUCGGCGGUAUUCCGGUGCGCGGAGGGCGAGUUGUACGCGGGCCCCGAGGCAGCGCAAACAAUGCUCGACCUGGACUCCCUGGACCACAAGAACCGACUGUACGCGCUCGAUUACCGUGCGGCGGAAGCUGCGCUGCAGCACCCGCCUUGCGACUCCAGCGACGACGACGUCUUCCGCACCUCGGAUACCGCCUCGCCAGAGUGCCCUUACGGUAGCGACGGCAGCAAGUCCGGCGACGAGGAGGACAAGCGCAAGCAGUUUAAGCGGCCGCCUGGUCGGCCCAAGGGCAGCGGCCGCAAGGUGUGCAAGCGCCCGCGCAGCGUCUCCGUGCCCGAGUUCCUCAGGAACUUGCUGCUCGACCCCAAGUACUGCCCCUCCAUUAUCAAGUGGGAGGACCACUCUCAAGGAAAAUUCAGGUUCGUGAAGCCGGACGAGGUGGCCAAGUUGUGGGGAACCAUGAAGCAGAACGACAAUAUGACAUUCGAAAAGUUCAGCCGCGCCAUGCGCUACCACUAUCGGCAGGCGGUGCUCGUGUCCGUGCCCACAGCGCGACUCGUCUACCAGUUCGGCCACAAGGGGCCAGACUUCAACACCGACAACCCCAACUUCAUCAAAGUCAAAUCGGAGUUCGACGUCCAUGAUAUCUCACACCAUUAGACUGUGUUGUGAAUUGUAGGUUAAAUAAAAAUAUCUGAUGAUGCUCAGUGGGAACGAAGGUUAUGCUGAUGUAGGAGUGUCUCUGAGGAGAUGCAUCUGAGUGACAAGUAUUGUUAUAGCUCAAUUAACUAGCAACGAUGUUUUCAAUGUAAAGAAUGUGUAUUUACUGAAAAUUGAAUUAAAUAGAUGUAUCGCUCAAGUUAUUGGGUAUUGGAAUGCAGUUAGGCUAUAGCUAUGGAAAUGGUCAAGGUUCGAUAUGUGUUUGUGACAAUGUUGCAUGUUGGCACACUCGACGUGCGGUUCGCUGGUGGUGCAUUGGUGGUGCGCGGGGCGGAGGAGGUGGUCCGGUCAAUUAUCCGCCGAAGUGUCCAUAUUAUUUUUUUAAAUGAUUUUAAUUGUAUUUUUCCGAUGUCUUUAUGAAGUCGCAUCGUCGAGAUGUUUCGAACUAUUAAAGGUUGUUUAGAUCUUACAAAUUUUGAUAUAAUAUUUUUGAUGUUUGAUUGUUGUUACCAUUAGUGAUAAGUGCGGUAUGAGUACAUACGUAUAUGUACGUAUAUACGUAUGUCUGAACAAACUUUGACAUUCCGAUAGAGGUUAAGUAAUCGCUAGGCUAGGCUAGGCUAGGCUAGCUCAAGUUGCCAUACUUAUUGAUCGUUUAUAAUUUAUAUUGUACUUAAUUUCGAAUUUAUCUUUCCCAUUUCCAUCAGAGUUCAUAUUUUAUCAUCCAUUAGAGUAUAUUUUUAUAUAGUUAUUAAUGAAAUUCUUUCUCAGUGUUAAAUUAAUUAUUAGAUUUAAGAUAAUGUUGUGUAAAGUUAUUGGCGCGAUGUGCAAUAAGUUAAAUGACAGGAGAAAAGAUCUGCAGGCCAAAGAUUAAGUUGUAGAAGUUGGUUGAGGUUGAAGAAAAUUAUGUUUGCGACAAUCUUAUUGUACCGAGUAAGUUUAGAAUUAAGUUUACGACUCUCAGGCAUUUGCUGUGAUCUAAAAUAGUACAUCAAUCAUUUUAAUUUUAUUUUUCCUCGUAUCUGUGCUUUUUUUAUUUCGUCAAGUGGAUAAUAUCCGAUAUUCAUAGAUAUGAACUUGUACAAUACCUACCAUUUACACAAUCAUUUCUUUGCCUGGACGCUGCCUUUCCGAUGUCUUUCCGUUUAAAUAAUUCUCCAAAGCUUUGCUUAUAAAAGACGUUUAGUAAUUAGUUCAUUUUUAUUUCAGUAAACGAAAGUGUAACGAUAGUUUGACGCUACAUUUUCGUAUCUCUCACAAAAAGUCAAUUGUGUACAGGAUUUGAAAAACAUAACUGGCAGUACAAAUUCCGUGUCUUGUAAUGUUUAUUGUUCUAUGUAAGAGUCACACUGUCAUGUCUAUGUGCGGUACGUGUUUUGAUAAAGUUUUAUAUACCAUUGCUAUAUACAGGCAAUUCAAAAUAUUUAAUAUCUAGUCCAAA